AUGCGCUCUCAAUUAUUCCCCGCCUUCAUUGUAGGCUUCCUGGGUUCUACCGUGGAUAGUCGCAAUUUGGAAGUGCGUAUCAGCAACGGCCUUGGUCGUACUCCUGCUUUGGGUUGGAACAGCUGGAAUGCCUUUGGAUGCAAUGGUGCUUCAGCUUCUUCGGCAAUGACUGCAGCAAACCAGUUUGUAAACCUGGGGCUCAAAAACCUUGGCUACAUAUACGUGAAUAUAGAUGACUGCUGGCACACCAAGUCCCGCAACUCCUCCGGCAACCUUGUCGCUGAUCCCAGUAAAUGGCCUAACGGUAUAGCACACACCGUCAAUCAGAUUCAUGGUAUGGGGCUUAAGUUUGGAUUAUAUGGUGAUGCGGGUACCAUGACGUGCGCAGGAUACCCAGGCUCCCAGGGACAUGAGCAGCAAGAUGCUACUUUACUAGGUAGCUGGGGGGUCGAUUACUGGAAAUAUGACAACUGCUACACUCCCUGCAACGGACAAGUUCCACAAACAUGCUGGAUUGCACGAAACUCGGAAGCUUGGUAUCAGACAUUCGGUAAUGCCUUGAAAACCGUGUCCCAUCCCAUACUAUACUCCUUGUGCUCUUGGGGAGUGGACAGUGUAUGGACCUGGGGCGGAUCGGUUGGGAAUUCCUGGAGAGUCACUGGUGAUAUUCAAAACUCCUGGUCCUCAGUCUCAUCGAUUGCCAACACUGCAGCGGGGAUCUCGAAAUAUUCCGGUCCUGGCGGGUUUAAUGACUUGGAUAUGUUGGAAAUUGGUAAUGGUGGUCUCUCCGAAGCCGAAGAGCGAGCACAUUUUGGUCUUUGGGCAAUCGCCAAGUCUCCAUUGAUUAUUGGUACAAAUCUUGCCAGUAUAAAGUCUUCUUCCCUCGCUAUAAUCAAAAACGCAGGUAUAAUUUCCAUCAAUCAAGAUUCCCUUGGAAAAGCAGCUACCUAUUUCACUCCAUCGGGUCAGGCAGGGCCAACAUCUGGACAGCUAUAUCCCUACUGGGCUGGGCCGCUCUCCGAUGGUGUCGUGGUUGGCAUCGUAGCUGCAAAUGGUGCGCUCAACUAUAACGUUGCACUUAGCAGUGUUCCUGGAUUAGGCUCUGGCACAUGGAGCUGGACAGAGUUCUACAGCGGUAAAAAAGGAUCAGGAACUAGCAUAUCUGGAUCUUUAGCAAGCCAUGAUAUGGCUGUUUACAAAAUAACAAAAAAUUAG